AACCACGUCGGAAAUCCCGAUGAACUUUCUUCGGUCGUUUUCUUGGGAAAAUGCAUGCUCUCCAUCUUUUAAUUAUGCACAAUUCUCACUUGAUUCUUCCCAUCGUCUCAUUGGAUCACGGGCGAUGGGAUGGCGUCGAAGGAUAAUAUUCCCAAUUUCAAGGAGUAAUUCUAGUAGGCUCAAUCUGGAUUAUCAAGUCUCUAAAUAUCAUUCAAAUUUAAUAUAGUCUUGAUUCGAGGGAUAUCAUGUAUGUAAUUCAAGAAUCACAUUAUCAUUGAACAAUAACUGCCAUCCUAGAGUUAGAGAAGAACCCGGAUUAUAGCAAUAUAGAACCGCCAUGACACGAGAAACAAACAAAGAUACACAAUAUUCAUCAGAACUGCAGAAAGGUGGGGUUGCGGGCAGAAAAUGGAUGUUCUUGAGUUUAUUGCUUGGUGCUAUAGCAGUGGGUCUUUUGAUCGCCCUGGUCGUUGUUAUUAGAAACCAAGAUAAACGUUCACCACCACAAGACCCUCCUCCUUCUAUAGGCGGCCAGGUAGAAAACCAGAUUGACGCAUCCGAAUCGCCAAAUCCCGGCGUGUUCCAUGAUUUAACAACAACAGAAUUAUUAUCUUUACAAGAAUAUCUUUAUUCAGACAAUGCCUCGGAUUUAAAUCUGGUGAGACCAGAUAAGGUAUCUUUGGGUGCCAGCUACGUCUUUAUUGUCGAUCUACUUCCGCUCAAUAAAACUGAAGUUCUCCGACAUUUAGAUGACAACGGACCAACCCCAGCAAGACGAGCCAGGGUGGUUGUGUUCAGGGGCGAUAAGACACCGCCUGUAGUUGAGGAAUAUAUUGUCCAACCUAUACCAAACCCAACCAGACACGAAUUAUUCGAGCUUCGAACCAGACCUAAUCCAAUCCCUUUUGCAUACAGACCCGUUGGUCUGGUAGAAUUUAUAGAAAUCGCCAGCGCUCUAGCGACUAGUUUACAAGAAGACAUUGGUGACAUCCUAAAAGAGAGCUAUGAUGCAGGGGUCAUUGACUGUGGUUAUAAAUGUUUAACAUUUUACUCCCACCCAAUGUCGUCUGCAAUCGUUGGAGCUGAUACUCGGAAGAUGUGGUUUGAAGUUAAUCAUAAUGUACCUUACUUCGGUCUACAUCCAACUGGUUUUAUGUUCUUGGCACAAGUUGAUGGCGCAGAUAAAUCUAAGUUUGCAAUUGAAAAGGUUAUAUAUGGUGGAGAAUCGUUUAAUUCCGUACAAGAAUUCAAGACAGCUUACACGAACGGCACAGUAACAAAAACCAAAUUGAAGUUUCCAAAAGUUGACAAAAAUCUAUUUUCAACGCUAAAUUACAGAGGCGAUGCCAAACCGUCUAAAAGGGCACCCCAACUGGUUGAGCCGGAUGGAAAACGUUACACUUUGAACCACAGACAGGUAAAAUACAUGGACUGGCAAUUUGACUUCAGAAUGUCUGCGUUAACAGGACCCCAGCUCUACAAUAUCAUGUAUGGGAAAGAUAGGAUAGCAUACGAAGUGGGAUUACAGGAAAUAGCUGUCUUUUAUUCUGGUGCUAACCCGGCAGCUCGAUUUACUGAUUACGUAGACAGUGGUGAACUUUUAGGAAUUCAUGCCAAGAGUUUGGUACCAGGGGGAGACUGUCCAGAAACUGCUACAUUCAUCCCAGCAACCUUUUUAGGUGAGCACACAGAAGGACCCGAAACUAACUCAAGAGCUUUUUGCUUGUUUGAACAAAACACGGGAGUACCAUUAAGGCGCCAUUUGUCUUAUGCUGUAUGGGAAGGUGGUUUCUAUGGCGGGGUAAUGGACAAUGUGCUGAUAUUGAGGACAAUCCUCACAGUGGCAAACUACGAUUACAUAUUUGAUUUUAUCUUCCAUCAGAACGGUGCCAUGGAAGUGAGAGCAUUGUCCACUGGUUACAUUUAUACCACUUUCUACAACCAAGCUGAGGAUAAAUAUGGUUUUCGCUUAAAUGACAACAUUCUGGCCAAUCUGCAUCAUCACAUGUUCCAUUUUAAAGUGGAUUUGGAUGUACUAGGAACUUCCAAUAGAUACGAGACGCUGGAUAUAGAGACUGAAGAUUUGGAUAUUUCUGGAGAGACUGGUAAUCCUGGAGAUAAAUAUAACCAAAUAUUCUACACCAAAAAUCUUAAAAAUACAGAAACAGAAGCUGCUUACAAAUUCAAUUUCGAUACACCUAAAUAUCACAUCAUUCAUAAUAAUGCGGUGAACACAAGCUUUGGGGUUCCGAGAGCCUAUCGAAUUCAAAUGAACGGAAUGUCAAAACAAACUCUAAAAGAGAACAGUGGAAACGAAGCAACAGUAUCCUGGUCACGGUACCAAAUGGCAGUUACAAAAUAUAAACAUGAUGAGUUUAGCAGUAGUUCACCAUAUAAAAUGUUUGAUGGCAGAUCACCUGUUGUAAACUUUCAACAGUAUAUCGAUGAUAAUGAUAAUAUUGUGGACCAGGAUUUGGUACUAUGGUUAGCUAUGGGAGUUCAUCAUAUUCCACAUACAGAAGAUCUUCCUAUAACACCUACACCCGGUGCUCAUCUAAGUUUUGCUUUAUUGCCUUAUAAUUACUUUAAGGAAGAUCCUUCCAUGACGUCACAUGAUUCAAUAACUAUAGUCCAUAAAGAUCCAACCAAUCCUCAAAAUGGCGUCAUAUUUAGGAGAUACCAUAAUGCAACAGGAAGACCAACAAAUGUAAAUUUGCCUUCAGAUAAUUUAUCUGACUAUGAAGAUAACCCAGAUCUUGUUUUACAGAGUAGAAAAAAAAUUUCUUUUUUUUAAAACAUUUUUAUUCGCUAACCUUGAAUUUGUCGUGUGUUGUUUAAACCGCUGCCUGUCCGCCCGUCGUCCACGAUUGCAAAUGGUUGCCCGAGAGGCUAAAGUGGCCAUACUGAUGAUUUCAAAUGAUUAAUACUUAAUAUCAAAUUAUGGCUGUUGACAUUCUUACACGUUUUUGUAGGCCUAAGUUUCAGUGUGGACGUAUUAUGCCGUCACCCUAUCCGUCGGUCCGUCCAUCAACAGUUGGCUAGUGGACACCAUAGAGUAUACAGUUUUUAACAGAUUUCUUUAUAAUUUAGUGUGAAGCAUCGUGAUCAUGAGAAGACGAACCCUAUCGAUUUUCAGCCGCCCGUCAGUCGUUCUGAAGUUUCCGCAAACCCUGUGAACGAUUUAACGGCUAUAGUUUUCGACAGAUAUGGUCUGAAGCCUUGUGGUCACGAGGGGACGGAACUCUGUCGAUAUUUAGGGUUCUACGACUUUCCGCCCGGAGUUAUCCCCCUUGAGCCUUGUGGUCACGAGGGGACGGAACUCUAUCGAUAUUCAGGGUUCUACGACUUUCCGCCCCGGAGUUAUCCCCCUUUAUCCCCCUUGGGCCUUGCGGUCACGGGGGGACGGAACUCUAUGGAUAUUCAGGGUUCUACGACUUUCCGCCCCGGAGUUAUCCCCUUUUCCGAAUUCUUGGAAGCGCGAUAGAGGCUACAUUUUUUUAACGAAUAUUUUUUUUCAAAUUUGGUUGUAACCACUGGGGCCAUGAGAGAAUGAACCCUUUUCGGAGACCCCCCCCCCCCCCCACCUCAGUUUGCUGAUAUCAUUGUGAAUCCGAUAGAGGCUACAUGUUUUAACGAAAGAUGUUCACAUUAAAUUGUUAGAAUUGGGUCAUGUGAGAAUGAACCCUAUCGAUUUUCAGCUUCCACACCACCACCCCGCCCCCGUUACCGUAAACCUUGUGAAUUCGAUAUAAGCUACAGUUUUUAAGAGAUUUUUUUUAAAAUUUGGUUUCAAGAGAGGAUGAACCCUGUCUACUGUCUAAAAUCUUGUGGAAUGUGGUGCCAUUUUUCUAAGUCAAAUAUCUUGUGGCACUCUUGUGGUGAUCAAACACCACAGAAUAAAAUCUGGUAGAAUAUGCUUUCCCCCACAUCUUAAAAUGUUCCAGUAAAAUAAAUAGAAAAUAUUUCAUAAAUUUUUCAUGGACCAACUUUUCCAAACGCUCCCAAACCUUGCCAUGUCUAAUCUUAGACAAUCUAUUGGCCUAUAUUUAAAUGAAUUGACACAUUAAUUUUACAAACGCCCCUAAACCUUGCCAUGUCUACUUUAUUGUGGCUUCGAAUCUUCAAUAAAUUAUUAUUUGGACAUUUAUUUACAUGACAAGCCUAUAAACCAACUAUCUAAGACAAUCUGUUGGCCGAUAUUUAAGUGGAUUAAACAUUAAUUUAAAAAUGGUGAAUCAAGGAUAAGUCUCGAUGGUCAAGUAAUUCCGGUACGAUAAUAAACAACCGACAUGUUUGUUACAUCUUGUCAAAUCUCAUAAAUAUUCAUUUUAUUUCAUUAUCUAUUUUGUUAAAGUUACAAUUUCAUAUUUUUAAGUUAUAUUUUUAAAAUGUAUUAAAAUAAAGCCCUAAAAUAGAUGGUAUUUAUAAACAGUCAUACCUUGUAAAAGAAUAAUCCUAUUAAUCCUAUAAUUCACUAUUGCCAGUUGAGAAAUUUUCAACUUCAAAUUCAAACGUUUGAAGAUAGUUAUUCCAUGGUUGGGAAUAGGAAAACAAGGGAGGUAAUUGUGUUAUUAUUUCCGGUGUAAAGAUAACCUAUGAUCGUAUAAUAGUGAGUUGACAACCUAUUGAGCAAAAGACAUAGAAAUAAUUAUGUUUGACAUUCUUAGAAAGUAUGAAACUUUAACUAUUAUAGCAAUAACAACUCGCUCUUUAACUAAAUCUUACGAAAAUGGAUCUAAAAACAAACAUUAAUGUAAUAUGGAUGUAUAUAAAGUGAUUUAAAUCUAAUUUUUAAAGAGAAUUAUUGUAAUUUAUAAUCAGUUAUGUACAGUGAAAUAAACGGUUGUCCAUUCUA